CUUUCUUACAUGUACCGGUAUACCCUUUUAUUCUAGACACACAUCCACUCGGACCAACUUGCAGCUUAUUUGAACCAGAUACAUGUACUUAACUCUCUAAUAGGCUAUUAAUGAAGCUGCUUCACUAUAAAAACGUAUUAUAUGCAGAGGGUUAGAUUAAAAUAGCGUAGUCCAUCUAUACGUUGGUCAUGAUGUCCAAACAUCUUAUCCAAGGUGUGCUUUCUCGGCGCUUUACACAGAAAGCGAUUUCCUUGAAAAGGACCCCUCACGAUUACCCAAGAGUGACAGGAUCGGAGCACUGGAAAAGAAAAAUUCGCACCUUCUUCAGAGCCAACGAUGUAGACAGUGACCGAUAUUUGACCAAACACGAUUUUGAAAUGACUGCUCAUCGCAUUGCAGAUUAUAUGAAAUUUAAUGACAAAAUGACAAAAGAGAUAAUCAAGAUCCGUCUGAACGCCUGGAAGGCGAUCGUACAAGAAGAGAACGACGCUGAAAACUCCAAGUUGUCUGAAGACGUCUAUCUUUCUAACUUGCUCGCCGUCGUCAAUACCGACUUCCGCGAAGCGAUUGUUGGGUUUCUUAGUGUUGAUUUUGAUUCCUUGGAUCUUGACGGUGACGGUUUCAUCUCCCCGAAGGAACACGAAGCAUUUUUCUCCGGCUUUGGAAUUCCGAUAAAACAUUCUGCGGAAACCUUUAAGAUGUUUGAUACCGACGGCGAUGGCUUGAUAACCAGGGAGGAGUUCAUUCAAGGAGUGGUGGAGUUCACUUUUAGCGAAGAUGAAAACAGCCCUUACAAUUGCUUAUUUGGGCCACUCAUUGACUAAACAAUUCUCAAUGAACUUUUCCAUGAUACAAACUUAUCUCAAUGUAUAUACAUUUGCUUACAUCUUAAUGUUUUUACGGACGGCUUUCUUUUCUUCCAUCACGUUCAUUUGAGAUUAAUGAUUAAAAUGGCCAUAAUCUUAUAGCAGACGUUUCUGUCAAAAUUGGUCUACACGUACCACAUUAUAUGCAGAGGUAGAAUUCUAAGUAGAAGCAAUGGUAUAGCA